AUGUCCAUGACGAAAACCGACUGUGCGUUUUCUCUCAAUUUUGUGAGUGCAGAACCCCUUCCGACUUUCAAGUUAAAUCCCAUUGAUGGCAGAAUUUCAAGUCUUCAAUAUAUUGGCAAAAAUGUUGUCGUGGUUCAAACCAGUGAUAAGUUUAGUUAUGUGAGUGUCGAUCAAGGUGUCAACUUUUACAAUUUGAAUCAAUUGCUCAAAACAUGUGAGGAGUACAAGUGCAUUGACAGUGUGGUGAAACACCCAACAGAUACCAACCUGUUUGUCUUGCUAUCAAGUCAGAAGAAUUCACAGUUUAUUUGCACAAAUUUAAACUCUCUCACAGGUCCUCAAGAAAUUGAUAAAUUGAGUUGUGUUCAGAGAUAUUUACCAAAAAGUACACUCACAGACGACGACUCCAACUCUUCAAAGAAUAGGUAUCAUCAUGCAGUUUUGAAAUAUAUUUUCCAUCCUAUUAUUCAUGAUACAAUUCUCGUUUUAAUGAGCGAUCACACGUUAUAUAUUAGCUAUAAUCUGGGAGCGAAUUUUUUCAAGUUAAAAUCUGGUGUGAAAUCAAUUUCAUUUGCGAACAAGGAAUCGAGAAUGUACAGCGAUACUCUCUUGUUUGGAAUUAAAGAGAUUGAAGACGGAACUAGUUACUUCUUCAGCAUGGACUCUCGUAAUAGAAACGAGGAGGACAAUGAAAUUAUAAUGCAUCCCAGAGAUUUCAUGAUGUAUGGACAAUUUUUAUUUGUUGCCACCACAGAUGCAUCACUUGUGACAGCAAAUGGUCAACCUGAAUAUGUUGCCAAACUCUAUGUAAGCUCUGACAAUGGUCACAGCUUCAACCGAGUGAGAAUAACAAACAGAAAUGGAGUUCUCGAGAAAUCGUUUGUAAUAUUGGAUGGAAGCGAGGGAGCUGUUUUUAUCAAUGUACAGCAAGAACAAAUUGUGGCAUCCUCAUCAUCGUCACAAUAUUCACCCAGAUUUGGAAAAGUCUAUCUUUCCGAUUCGCGUGGUGUGAAAUAUAAGGAAUCUCUGUGGAAUAAUAGAAAAGAAGGAGGUCAUGCAGAUUUUACAAAAGUAAAAUCACUCGAAGGCGUCUAUUUGGCCAAUCAAGUUCACACCGAUGAUAUGGGAACUGUUGAGAUUUAUGAUUGCAACAAUUGUAAUGGCUAUGAGGAUUGCACAAACAAGUGUAAAACAAAAUCAUUGAUUACAUUCGACAAGAUGACAUGGCAAUAUAUUCAACCACCCAAAGUAGACGCUCAAGGAAAGCCCAUUCAAUGUUCCAACUGCUAUCUCAAUAUUCAUGGGUUCACAGCUAGCUCUUCUUCAAAUUAUGUCAAAAUUCUUUCUCACAAAGAUGCAGUAGGCAUCAUUCUAGCCAAUGGAAAUGUUGGACAAUAUUUGGACUCCAAAAUUGUGAAUACCUACAUGAGUAGAGAUGGUGGAUUGAGCUGGUUUGAAAUUGCUAAAGGAUCACACUUGUAUGAAAUUUUAAAUCAUGGCGGAAUUUUAGUCACUGUGAAAAACAAUCAACCUACGGUAGAGAUUAGAUACACUCUCGAUGAGGCAGAAACUUGGAUUACUGCAAACUUUACGGACCGAUCCAAUAGUCCCUAUCAUAUCAGCAAAUUAUAUGUCAAUGAGAAACAUGAUCCAUUGGCAAAGUAUAUGAUUAUUCAUGGCUCUGGAGAUACUACUGGAGACAUUCUUAUUCGAGCUGAUUUUUCUCAUGUCCAGGAACGUGAAUGUAAUGGAAUUAACAAUCCAUACGAUCAGAACAGUGAUUAUGAAUACUUUAAACCUCACAGUUAUUCAAAUAAUUGCUUCUUGGGUCGCGUGGUGGAAUACACACGAAGAAAGAGAAGUGCCAAAUGUUUUAAUCCUCAACUCACAGAAGAUCGACCCAUCAAGAUUAAGAAUUGUGAAUGUACCUAUGCAGACUAUGACUGUGAUUAUGGAUAUGACAAGAAAUUGAAUCAAGACAGGACUAGUUUCACUUGCACUGCACUAUCACCACAACUCGAAGAAGAAUCUAAAAGCCCAUCACUUUCCUCCUGUCAAACUGAGAGGUAUUACAAUGAAUCGAGAGGAUUUGCGAGACUUCCUGGCAAUACAUGCGUGGGUGGAAUGAGUUCCAAGUUGGAUCCUAUUCAGAGAGAUUGUCCCACGUCCAUGAGUGGAUGGGCCAUCUUUAUUCUACUUUUAUUCUUCUUCUUCUUGGUCAUGUUCACUGUUCUUCUCAUUUACAAACAUUCCUCUCGUUUGCAAGCAUUGUUCAAUCCAAACAAAAUGAGAUAUCGAUACAAUCAACUCAUUAAUGAUAUGAGCGCAAGUGAAGGAUCUCUUGAACAAGAUAUUGAAAAUAAUAAUUUUACCGAUCGAAAUCAAAGUUAUGAAAUUCACAAUAACCAAGAUACGUUUGACAAUCGUAUUGAACAAUCGGAUGAUGAAGAUUUUGGUUUGGAUGUUACUGAAGAGGAACAGGAAGCUCCAGAAGAACUUAAUGAAAGAGGUCUAUUCAAAACUUCUCAACAAUGA